UCUUCAGUUUUCUAGCCGCGGCCGUCGCGAUGAAGUCACGCGCCGGCACGCCGCCCGUCCUGUACUCGUACGCGUCGAUGCAGCAGCGGAGCGGCGGCGGCAUGAAGUGGCGCGAGUGCGUUGCCGUGCUGGGCGCCGCGGCCAUGGUGGUGUUCGUCGUCACCCACUCGCUCCUCCCAGGGGCCAGGGUGGGGGAUCUGGGCGACGUGGUUAGCCCGCUGCUCCGUCUCCAGAGAGCCAGGCGGGAGGAGGCGGCCGUGCCGUCGUCGGAGAAGACGGUGGGGGAAAUCGGCGAUGAGGCCGAUGGCUUCCCGUGGAGCAACGCCAUGCUGCAGUGGCAGCGCACCGGUUACCAUUUCCAGCCGGAGAAGAACUACAUGAACGAUCCAAACGCUCCAAUGUACUACCGUGGAUGGUACCACUUCUUUUACCAGUACAACCCGGAGGGUGUCACGUGGGGAAACAUCUCGUGGGGCCACGCCGUGUCGCGAGACAUGGUCCACUGGCACCACCUACCCCUCGCCAUGGUGCCUGACCGAUGGUACGACAUUAACGGCGUUUUGACGGGCUUCGCCACCAUACUUCCCGAUGGUAAGGUCGUCCUGCUCUACACAAGGAACACCGACACGCUCGCCCAGGUACAGUGCGUUGCCGAACCUGCAGACCCUCAUGACCCUCUCCUCCGCACCUGGAUCAAGCAUCCCGCCAACCCGGUCCUCUUCCCGCCCCCCGGGACAUACAAAAAGGACUUCCGUGACCCCAUGACCGCAUGGUUUGACAAGUCCGACAACACAUGGUGCACCAUGAUCGGGUCCAAGGACAACAACGGGCAUGUUGGCAUCGCUCUCAUGUACAAUACAAAAGACUUCGUCAAGUUCGAGCUCAUCCCGCGUCCGGUCCACCGCGUCGAGGGCACCGGCAUGUGGGAGUGCGUCGACUUCUACCCUGUUGGGGGCAAUAGCAACUCAUCACAGGAAGAGUUGUACGUCCUGAAGGCGAGCAUGGACGAUGAACGACAUGACUACUACGCAUUGGGAAAGUAUGACGCAGUGACCAACACAUGGACACCGCUGGACCCAGAAGCAGAUGUGGGAAUCGGACUGAGGUACAAUUGGGGAAAGUUAUUUGCGUCCACGACAUUCUAUGAUCCGGCAAAGCGGCGACGUGUGAUGUGGGCGUAUGUUGGUGAGACAGAUUCCAACCGGACCGACCUCGCCAAGGGAUGGGCAAACCUCCAGGCGAUUCCGAGGACGGUGGCACUGGACGAGAAGACCCGGACGAACCUCCUCCAAUGGCCGGUGGAGGAGAUUGAGACCCUCCGUCAUAAUGCAACUGACCUCAGUGGCAUCACCAUCGGCACUGGCUCCAUCUUCCCCCUGCAUCUCCGGCAAGCCGCUCAGCUCGACAUAGAGGCCUCCUUCUGCCUCAACACUUCUGACAUCGCAGCCCACAACGAGGCCGACAUCGGCUACAACUGCAGCACUAGCGGUGGUGCCACCAACCGGGGUGCGCUCGGCCCCUUCCGCCUCCUCCUCACCAACGGUCACAGUGAACAAAUGGCAAUGUACUUCUACAUGUCUAGGAGCCUUGACGGGGACCUCCGGACCCACUUCUGCCAUGACGAGUCGCAGUCAUCGCUGGCCAGGAAUGUUGUAAAGCGUGUGGUGGGCAGCACUGUUCCGGUGCUCAACGGAGAGGCCUUAUCCGCUAGGAUUCUUGCGGAUCAUUCCAUUGUGGAGAGCUUCGUUAUGGGCGGGAGAUUGACGGCGACGUCCCGAGUGUACCCGACUGAGGCCAUCUAUGAGGCGGCUGGGCUGUACGUUUUCAACAAUGCUACCGGCUCCACUCUCAUCGUCGAUAAGCUCGUGGUGCAUGAGAUGCAUUCAACACCGAUGCAACUAGAUCUUUUUGCACGAGAUUAACUUCCAACCGGUUUCUCUUUACUAAGUUUGUUUUUUGAUUAUUUUUUUCUAGUUCUGUCAGACGGAUCAUACAUUGUUACUGUCUGCUCGUUUAUGCAGCAGAUCAUAAUAUUUUGCAUUGUCCAGUGGGUAGCAAGCUGGGCAGUACACGAGUCCAUCCCGUAGGGUGAGGCCGGAAACUCCAUUAGCUCGUAUGUAGCCUGGUAGCUUGACUCGGCGCUGUUCUCAAAAAACAAAACUAGACUCGACACAUUGGCCUGGCCCAAGCUGAAGUGGAGCCCCUCACCUGUAUGUCAAUCCUUUACCAUUUCUUUUCCGAAC